UAAUGCACUAAUUAUUGGGAAAUUCUUAUCCUCUCUCUCUCUUGCUAUUCUCUCUCUUUUCUCUAGUAAUGGUGUUUCCUUCACUUUCUCUUCAUUUUCUCCCCUAAUGGUUUAACUGUUUAAAGAGUUCUCUUCCUUUUUCUCUUAUUUUUCGGUAAUAGUUUAACUAUGUAAUCUCAGCGCUCAUAGCCCGCCUUGGCCUUGAUCCAAAAAUUAAAUUCUUGGCUGGCUCUUCUUCCUCUUUAUUUUCUAUGCUCUGCUCUGUAUGAAUUGGAAUUGGAUUGAAAAUGGUUUCCAAUUCUCAGAAGAAAAAUCUUCACUCUGUAUUAUCCUGCAACCUCAAAAAGCUCACAAUAACGCCUCCCAACCCCACCUCUGACUUCGACUUCUCUGAAGUAUUUGGCCCGCUGACCCCACACCCUAACCAAUCACAAUCUCCUUCAACAUCCACCUCGUCUUCUUCCUCCUCGGCUUUUCUCGGGGACCCACUUGUUAUCCACAACCGUUCCCACUCUUUCGUGGGUCCCUCCCCUCGCUACACCCUCUCCUCUUCUCUCCCUUUCCAAAUCCCAGAAGAGGAUCUUGAAAAUGAAAAUGAGGUUAUUGUUGAGGAGGAUGACAAGAAGGAGAGGAGUGAGCAAGUGGGUUGUAAGAUUGGGCCUGGUGAUUUUGAGAUCCUGAGAGUUGUUGGGCAGGGAGCCUUUGGUAAGGUGUUUCAGGUGAGAAAGAAAGGGAGUGAUUGUGGAGAUGGGGAUGGGAUUUAUGCAAUGAAAGUGAUGAGAAAAGAUACUAUUAUAAAAAAGAAUCAUGUCGAUUACAUGAAGGCUGAGAGGGAUAUUCUUACCAAGGUCGUGCAUCCCUUUGUUGUUCAGCUUCGAUACUCUUUCCAGACGAAGGCUAAGCUUUAUCUGAUCCUGGAUUUUAUAAAUGGAGGUCAUCUCUUCUUUCAUCUUUAUCGGCAGGGGAUCUUCAGUGAGGAUCAGGCAAGGGUUUAUACUGCCGAGAUAGUAUCUGCUGUUUCACAUCUUCACAAGUGCGGGAUUGUGCACCGGGAUCUCAAACCUGAAAAUAUUCUCGUGGAUUGUGAUGGACAUGUUAUGCUAACUGAUUUUGGACUGGCAAAGGAAAUUGAUGAAUCAAGUAGAUCCAAUUCAAUGUGUGGGACCACAGAAUACAUGGCUCCAGAAAUUUUACUGUCGAAAGGCCACAACAAAGACGCAGAUUGGUGGAGUGUUGGAAUACUCUUAUAUGAAAUGCUAACUGGGCAGCCUCCAUUUACACACAAAGAUAGAAAGAAGCUUCAGGAGAGAAUUAUAAAAGAGAAAGUCAAGCUUCCACCAUACCUGAGCUCUGAAGCUCACUCUUUGCUCAAAGGGUUGCUGCAGAAGGAACCAUCAAGAAGGUUAGGAAGUGGUCCUGGUGGAGGGGAUGAGAUCAAAAGUCAUAAAUGGUUUCGGUCAAUCAACUGGAAGAAGUUAGAGGCAAGGGAAUUGCAGCCAAAGUUCAAGCCAGAUGUGAGUGGAAAAGAUUGUACAGCAAAUUUUGAUAAGUGUUGGACGACAAUGCCUCCUGAUGACUCACCAGCUGCCACACCAACAGCUGGUGAACAUUUCCAAGGAUACACGUACAUUGCACCAAACCCUUGGCUUUCAUCUGCAUGAAAUAAGGGUAUUGUGUGAAGGCAGCCUGUCCAUGUUUUCAAAGUUGGAUUUCUUGUGAGGGAUGCACAGUGGUUCUUGCACCAGUUGCAGGGUGGUCUCUUGUAUUCUGCGUAUGCAAGUUAGAGAGAGUAAGAACUUGAGACGGUUUGCACUUUGCAGUGUAGUUGAUAACUGAAAGCAUCUCAGAAUAUCCAAUCCAGAGCACUGAAGUACCUUUUACCUGUCUGUCUACAAAUUAUUGAGUAAGAAAAAGAGAGGGAGCUGAGAUUCUGUGUAGAACUUCCUCGUGCGGGUAAGACAAAAGUGAUGAUGUAUAGUAAAGAGAAGCUUUUCAGAAAGUACAAAGAGGAAAGCAAUGUAAGAAUCUUGUUCCUCACUUGACUUGGUUUCAGCAGAAUAUCUGAAAGCUAGCAUCAACCAAUCCUUUUUUAAAGCACAUGUUGAAUGGAUUGGCAUGAACUCAUUACACAAUAAUAAUAAUUCUGCCUGCCUGUGUGGAAACCACAUUAAUCCAUCCACAUUGAAAAUAAAACAUUGCUGGGUCACUCAUGGGAACUGAUCAGUUGAAUAUUUCACUAGAUGCACCCUUGUCAUGCAUAGGCUAGUAGGGAGUAUUUGAUUCUUUGGAGUUACACUGAUUAAUUUAUCAUCCUUUAAGAAAACAAAUGAUCUAAAGAAUUGAGAAAGGAAUCUCCACAAGCCAAAGGAACUCGAUAUUUAUAUGCCUAGCCAUAACUGAGAGUAUUACCUCAUCUGUCUCCCUGGAGCUAGGUUUGUGUCUAGAACAGGAUUGACGAGUCUCUUUUUUGGGUUAACUCUGCAGUCAUCUUUUUUGUUCCUAGGAGAAGUUGAAACUAGAAACUCUUUAGAGCACCCAUGAACAGUAAAGCCAAAAGCAAUGGUUCUGUGUGUGAAAAGUCGAUGAAGAUGGUGGUUAACAUCAUUAAAUUGUCUUCUUUUUCUAUUUGCUAAGAUGAGUCUUGGAGCCGCUGGGCCUGCAGUUGUUGCCAGAAACAUUGCACAUGCCAUGGAUGCUAAUGAAUCGCUACUGCCUCAAAUCCAUAGAAGCCAAAAGCCACAACAGUUGAGGGGCAGAUCAAAGCCUUUCUCAUUUGUGAUGCAGCCUGAUGAAGGGAAGAGUUCCUCUUCGUGUAUGAUUCAUGGGGAGAAGAGUGUGAUAGAUGGAAUGGCUUCUGCCUAUAUCAGGAAGUUCCAUGAGAAGAAUAUCUAUGAUGCACAUCUCCAUUAGACAUCAGAUAUUUCUCCAUGGAGGCCACCUCCUCCAUCACGUGAUGUGAAUUAGCCCAUCUUCAACUGGUUCUGUAUUUCAGUACAUACCUCUAUCUGCUAUCGAUCUAAUAAGAUUUUACAGUUUGCUUUGCU